AUGUUCGCCUGUAUUGUAUGUUGGUUAUUGUACUUUCAAUCUUCAUUUGCGCAAAUUGAACAACCUCAAAUAUUAAGACGAUUCGAAUACAAACACUCAUUUAGAACACCACAUCUUGCUCAAAGAGAUGGAACGAUUCCAUUUUGGACAGUUACUGGUGAUGCCAUUGCAAGUGGUGAACAGCUUAGACUUGCACCUUCAAUGAGAAGCAAGAAAGGACUUGCUUGGAAUAAACGUCAAUUUGUGGCAAGUGAUCACUUUGAACUUGAAAUUGUUUUUAAAGUAACAGGCCAAGGACGUAUAGGCGCUGAUGGAUUAGCAAUAUGGUAUACAGCACAACAGGGGACUAUAGGACCGGUCUUUGGUGCUAACGAUUUCUGGACUGGUAUGGGAAUUAUGCUUGAUUCUUUUGACAAUGAUGGUGGAAAAAAUAAUCCUUCAAUUUCUUUAAUGAUAAAUGAUGGAACUCGUUCUUUUGAUCAUCACACAGACGGCUCUUCUCAGGUUUUAGGAUCUUGUCACAAAGACUUCCGUAACAAACAAUUUCCCGUCCAUCUAAAAGUUAUUUACCUUCGAAAUGUUCUCACUGUGCUUGUUUCUGAUGGGGUUGUGCCUACACCUCGAUAUGAGCUUUGUAUUCGUGCUGAAAACGUUUUUCUUCCAAAAGCUGGAUUUUUUGGUGUUUCUGCUGCUACUGGUGGAUUGGCUGACGAUCAUGACAUUCUGGACUUUUCAACCUUCGCGAUCUUUACGGAUCCUGCUCAAUUAGAACAUGCCAAGCAACAAUUAGCGCAAGAAGAGAAAGCGAGAGCUGAAGCAGAAUUUGAACGUCAACAGGCCGAAUUUCAAAAAGAACGCGAGAAAUAUAAAGAACAACAUCCAGAGAAGGCGAAAGCUGCUGACCAAGAUGAUGCUUCUAAAUAUUAUGAGGAUGCUCAAAUGCGAGAGUUACGGCAAAUUUAUGAAGCUCAAGCUCAAAUUUAUAAGGUGAUGCAAACAAUGGAGCAAAAAUUGACUGAUAUUUCCAAACAACAAAUAGUUCAUACAAGUCUUUUACAAGGAGGUGCUGCUGUUCCACAGGCUGGUCAACAACAAGCAACUGCUACAGGCGGAUUUUUGGCUCAUGAGAAGAACGAACUAAUACAAGUUGUCCGUGAAGUAAGUGCUUCGUUACGAGAUAUGAAGCACUACGUGAAUGAAAUCUAUACGCGUACAUACAACGUUGAACAAAAAAUUCAGCAUGGAGUUCCUACAGGCGGUGCUGCUACAGUCAUGCAAAUGGAUCAAGCAACACGUAAUUAUUUGGAACAAAUGCAGCAAGAAAUUAAACAAAUUAGAGCUAGUCAAGUUUCUCAAAUACAACAUCCCCCGCCUCCACCUGUUCAGCCUACACAAGAUUGUCCAAUGUGUAUAACUACUACUCUUUUUGUAUUUAUAGUUGCCUUGCAAAGUGCUGCUUUGUUUAUAUUCAUUUUUAUAAGAAGCAAGAGUGAUAAAGCUAAAUUUUACUAAAGAUUUUUUGUGAUUUUUGAGUUGUUGGUUCAUGGUUACUUUUAUUAUUUUCAUAAUAUUCUU